AUGCCAAAUCCCAGUGAGAACAGCAACACUGGGUAUGGCUCACCAUGGGAGACGGCCGGCUACAUCCUAAUUGUCGUCGUCGUCGUCCUGAUGGUCACCGUUUGCUUUUUGUGGGCCAACUGCAAGGCGCGAGCAAGUGCUCACGACAUCGAGAUGGGGGCGAUGCGCAACAAGCUCCAGGAGGCCGCCAAGACAACCGAGGAGCAUAGCUCCGCGCUCCAGACCAUGGACGUGCACCUCCAAGACACCCUCCAACACGUGGCCUACCGCACCCGGGUGGAGGAGAUCAUGAACAUCAAGGUGGUCGACCUCCAGCGCAAGGUGGAAUCGCUCCAAGUUGCCAACCGUGCCUUGACCGGCCAAGAUGACUUUCAGGACAGUUACGGGCGGGCUGGAGACCGCGGCCCUGUCGGGCUCAACUCACGGUCCGUCAUUGCUGAUAUUGUGCUUGCUCAGGGUCCCGCCGACUCUCCUCAGGGUGCUUUUCGCUCGCUUGGAGACGAGCUGGCUGCGGCAGAGUUUGAUGAAUACCUUGAGGAUCCGUCUGUUGUCGGCGACGAGGUGUGUGCCUCAAGCGAGUGCCUGCCAGACGAUUGCAGUAUCGAUGACUCUGCGAGCGAUGUGUCGACGCUGCACGGGGACGAGACAAGAAUCGCGCCCGACAGCGACUCCGUCAGCGUCUUGUCCCAGUAUCACCGUGAUUCGGCCGUCGUGGAAGAAUUCCAGCCGGUGACGAUUGCCCAUGCGCAGGCGCAUGCAAUUGUUGUUUCCGGCGAUCGUUGA